UACACUCACUCUCUCUCCGCAUAUAUAUACCCCUCUCCUUCCCUUCUCCUCUUUCUUUAUCGUCACAACGUGUUUGCAUAACCUCCAUCAGUGGAGAGAGAGAGUGUGUGUGUGUGAGAUUGCAAAGCCAUCGUCUUCUUCUCGGACCUUGGCUUUUUUUGUCCUCCAUCUCUAAUUCAAGUUCGGUAAAAGAUGGCCGAUGCUGAGGAUAUUCAGCCUCUUGUUUGUGACAAUGGAACUGGAAUGGUGAAGGCAGGAUUUGCUGGUGACGAUGCUCCCAGGGCUGUGUUUCCCAGCAUUGUUGGCCGACCUCGUCAUACUGGCGUUAUGGUUGGGAUGGGUCAAAAGGAUGCCUAUGUAGGCGAUGAAGCUCAAUCAAAAAGAGGUAUUCUUACUCUGAAGUACCCAAUUGAGCAUGGUAUAGUCAGUAACUGGGAUGACAUGGAAAAGAUCUGGCAUCACACAUUUUACAAUGAAUUGCGUGUUGCUCCUGAGGAGCACCCAGUGCUUCUAACUGAGGCUCCACUCAACCCAAAGGCCAACAGAGAAAAAAUGACCCAAAUCAUGUUUGAGACCUUCAAUGUGCCUGCUAUGUAUGUGGCCAUCCAGGCUGUCCUUUCCCUGUAUGCAAGUGGUCGUACAACUGGUAUUGUUUUGGACUCUGGUGAUGGUGUGAGUCACACUGUGCCAAUCUAUGAGGGCUAUGCACUUCCUCAUGCUAUCCUUCGUUUGGAUCUUGCUGGCCGUGAUCUAACUGACUCUUUGAUGAAGAUCCUCACAGAGAGAGGGUACAUGUUCACCACCUCAGCUGAGCGGGAAAUCGUUCGUGACAUGAAGGAAAAGCUUGCAUAUGUUGCCUUGGAUUAUGAGCAAGAACUUGAGACUGCAAAAAGCAGUUCUUCAGUUGAGAAAAACUAUGAGCUUCCAGAUGGACAAGUUAUCACAAUUGGAGCUGAGAGAUUCCGUUGCCCUGAAGUUCUUUUCCAGCCUUCUAUGAUUGGAAUGGAAGCUGCUGGAAUUCAUGAGACCACCUACAACUCUAUCAUGAAGUGUGAUGUGGAUAUUAGAAAGGAUCUGUACGGUAACAUUGUUCUUAGUGGUGGCUCAACUAUGUUCCCUGGUAUUGCUGACCGUAUGAGCAAGGAGAUUACUGCACUUGCUCCUAGUAGUAUGAAGAUUAAGGUUGUGGCUCCACCGGAGAGAAAGUACAGUGUCUGGAUUGGAGGAUCAAUCCUUGCAUCCCUCAGCACCUUCCAACAGGUGAUUGUUUUAUUUCAAAUAGGCCGUUCCCCAAUUAUGCCAAUUAAAUUGAACUCUAAAACAUGUUUUGGUUUUGCAGAUGUGGAUAUCCAAGGGUGAAUAUGAUGAGUCUGGUCCAUCCAUUGUCCACAGGAAGUGCUUCUAAGUCCUAAAAAAUAAAAACUUUAAUGGUGAGUUAUAUUUUUUUCUGUGGUUGCUUUUUGGUGUCUGUGUCAUGUCAUGGGAACUAUGUUGCCAUGGAUAAGACGUGGGAGGGUAUGUUCCGAGCUUCUUGAAUCAUGCGGCCCUCUGGAUGUGGCGGGCACAGAGUUGUUAAGAGGCCUUUUUUGCCUUGUAAUUCAUCCAUGUCUUAGUAAGUAGGCUGUUUGUAGCAAAGGAGUGAUUGUGAUGCUUAUUUUAUUUCCUUUUUACCCCCUUUUCAGAGUUUACAUUUUUUUUUUGUUUUUGCCUUUGGAACAUUGAUGAGAAUGUCUAUAGCUAUAUGUAUCGAUAAUUUUUAUAAUAUUGUCAGU